UGAUCAGAGUCAGUUCAAUCAACUCUGAGUAUGUUCACUCUGAGUUAAGUGUGUGCGUGGUGAAUAAAAAAAGCUAUCAUCAAUGGAGCCCCGAUACUACAAGUCACCAUGUCAACAGAAAGUCAAGGAGCUAGGAGCAGAUGCAGAGCAUCAUGAGCUAAUAUAUGUGGACAAGGCAGGUUUCAACCUGAAACAAAAUCAAGGGGCCACAGCAGAAACAUCAUCGGACACCGUGCCAUCAUCAACAUCUCGGAACAAGUACAGAUGGGAAAUAUCAACCAGAAUCAACUGCACAGACUAAACACUGAACAACAAUGUUACAACAGCCCCUCUGCAGCUCAACAAAAUUUGUUUUCAUUUAGGCAUUUAAAAACUUCCAGUACAUGGGUGACCUACACUCAACAGUGUGCCUGAACGCAUCCUGUGUAGAGAGAGAAACACAUCACCGUAACUUCUGCUACAGUUUUCAGUAUUCCUCACAGUAUGAAAACUGUAAAGUUAAGCGCUGGGCUGCACUGAGUGAGAUUAAACCCACCUACACCUGGAAAUAAGACUGGAUAUGUCUUCACCAAGCAGGAGAAAUGAUACUACCAAUGGGCUACUCAUCUUAUUUCUCAUAGGUGGUGUGUUUUCUGAAAUAUUGCCAGUAAUGAAGCGGGUUGGAGAGACUGUGACCCUGUACGCCAACAAAUCAUGGCAAAAUUCAGGGAAUUUUCUUUGGACCUUUGGGCACCACACCCCCAUCAAGGCAAUUACUAUUGUCACUAAUGGAGAAGUCACUCGUGUCAAUGGGACCAGAUUUGACAACAGGUUACACACAGAUGUAGAAAAUGGAUCAAUCACCAUCUCUAACCUCACCAUCAAUGACAGCGGAAUAUUUAAUGCUCAGUUUUUUCUGGAAACAGGAAUGCAUAUGCAAAUGUUAAACCUCUUUGUCAGUGAUAAUGCUGUCAUUUCUAUUGAAGUUCUGGAGGGGGAAAAUGUUACUCUGGACACUGGAGUAAAGGAACUACAGAAAGAUCGUAAAGUCAUGUGGACACAGGGUCCAGAUUUUGUUGGCGAGCUGAUAGCUCAGUGGAAGAACAAUAUCACCUCUAUUGAUGAAAGCUUCAAGGGUGUUCUGCUGCUGAACCCACACACUGGAUCCCUCACCUUUAUCAGAGUGACAAAAAACUAUGCUGGGGUUUACUGUGUCAAGUUACUGUGGGGUGACGAUCCACACAUACUGAGACAAUUUUCAAUUAAAGUCUUUGAACCGGUUCCCAUUCCACACAUCAGUUCAGCACAGGCCAAUAUUACAAAACCCUUGCUGAAUGACGGGAGCUGCCACAUUAACUGUUCUGUGAGGAAUGCACCUGAACUUACACUGUUCUGGUACAGCAGAGGGAAGAAAAUAAAUCAGACCAGCAACCCAGACAUCUCCACUAACCUCUCCCUCCCUCUGGUGAUCCAGAAUGAAGGCAUGUACAGCUGCAUGGCAGCCAACCCAGUCAGUAAUGAGACAAUCCAUGUCAACUCCACAGAGUGGUGUCCACCUCAUGCUACAGAUUCUAGCACAAUGUGGUCGAUUAUUGGAGGGGCUGUAUUGAUUGGACUGGUCAUAUCCAUAUCAUAUUGGUGCAGGCAAAUAAGAUACCAAGGAGCAUAGAAUUGCUUUAAUAUGGGAGAUAUGCAACAAGAGACAACAUCUCAAGACACCAAUGUCUCAGAGGGCAGGAAUGAUGCUGCGGAAAAUCAAGGUCUGCUGACAAACAACUGAGAAAAAAAUAUAGUAUUCAGUAUUACUGACGUUCUUUAUUAUCACCUCUAAUAUUUUCACCUCUCUCACUCUCCCUGUGCACUGAGAGCAUCCAAUAGGAUGUGAGUGUGAGAGAGAGCAGACCAACAUCUGAAAAGAUGCUUUAGUUGAACUCAGGACUUACUCCGCUGAAAUAUGCUUUUAUGUUCAUAUUAGUAUGGGCUUACUUUUGCACAUUUAUUACAGCACGAAUAACUAGUAUCAGUUCACGUCUGUUUUAACUAGACUAGAUGUGCUGUGUUUGGUGUCCUAUAAUAACAUACAUCCUGAUGGUUUUGGGAAAUUUACCUUGAAUAUCAUGUCUAGAAACUUAUGCCACAUAUCCCUGAUUAUUUAUUGAUAAUGUGAGCAUCUGGUGACAGAGGUGAAACCUUAGAAUUUACACCAAGUCAUCACCCUGGUUUAGAUGUCCGUUCAGAACUGAACUGAAUAGAAAAGAAUGAAAGGAAGACAUGAAGAGAUGCCUUGCAUGUCUGAAUGCUAAAGACUGAACUCAUAGCAGCCUACUGAGAGCUGCAGGAAACUGCAUACAGACCACAAGACAUCCUGCCAUCACCCUUCACCACACGCUGCCAUAGAUUCUGCUCAUCAUUUUAUAUUCAUGCUGUGAUCCAAAGAGUCCACACACUGGGUUGAAGCUCCUUUAAGUUUAUCUGAAACAAUAUAAUUUCUCUUCUGUAGUAGGUUGCCUUAACCAUCAUAUAAAGUGUGUAUAUUCUCCAUAGGAAUUUUGUUGUUCAGUCAUUGAUAAAUUUCCACCAGCCAUUAACCAUUUAUCUUGAUCAUCAGUCUUACUUAGUCACUUUGUCUUCACCCAAAAAGUCAACAAUUAACCUCUGCCUUUAUCAAAAAACACAGUUAUCCUUGUUUUUUUUUUUUGGUUUUGUUUUUUUUUAACCAUUAUUUCUUCUUCAGUGUGGAUAUAAUUUGUACAUAUUGUAAGUAAAAAUCCAUUCACAUGACAGAAGUUGAUUUAAUUUAAUAUCAGUGUCCCUGAAUUUGUGUGGAAAUACAUUUCAUAUAUUUCCAACUUAUGUUAAUUAUUAGGUGCCCUUCCGUAAAUCCUCACUGCUCAACAUGUGGAACUCUUUACCCACAGAAAACAAAAUGGAUGAUGACUGGAAACUGAAACAGUUUUAAAGAGGAUGUAGUCAUGAGGGAUCUGGUCCUUGUUGUUUUAUGAAACUUUUAUGGUAUGUUUGUUUACAGUAUGUUUUAUGCUGCUUUGUAUGUCUUUUGCUGUUGAGUUUUGUGUUUUGUGCUUAAAUGUAUGUAUAUGUAUUGUUGAGUCUUGUGCAGCUCCAUAUGUAUUUUACUGUUGAGUUUUAUGUAUUUUAAAAGCCCAUCUAGGGACGGACAUUUCAAACUAGCUCAGGCUAUAAAUGCUGUGGCAUAAGUUCAUUCUAUAUACUUGUCCCUAUACAUAAACAUAAAUAAAUAAUGACAGGAAA